AGUCACCACACCACACACUCACGUACCAGCAACAAAUCGAGGACUUCACAGUGCUCACCAUGGAUCAUUUACCUAGUCAGGGCGACCUGAAUUGGCGCCUCAGUGCCCAUCCGAUAACCUUGCUCUUCUUCCUAGGCUUCCGCAUUGGAAGUUUGUUAAUGUACCUCUUUGGUGUCCUCUUCAUCGACAAUUUCGUCCUCGUCUUCAUAAUAACCCUCCUCCUCCUCUCCGCCGACUUCUACUACCUCAAAAACAUCGCCGGCCGCCGCCUCGUCGGUCUCCGUUGGUGGAACGAAGUAAACACCGCCACCGGCGAAUCGCACUGGGUCUUUGAGAGCUCCGAUCCAAAUGUACGUACCAUCAACGCUACAGAUAAACGGUUCUUCUGGCUGAGUCUGUACGCUACACCCGCGCUGUGGAUUGGAUUGGCUAUAUUGGCGAUUGUGAGAUUGCAGAAUGUUAUUUGGUUGAGUUUGGUUGCGAUCGCGCUCAUUUUGACGAUUACGAAUACAUUGGCCUUUUCGCGGUGUGAUCGGUUCAGUCAGGCGGGUACAUUUGCUAAUAGUGCGUUGUCUGGAGGGAUUGCGAGUAACAUUGCCUCUGGUCUUAUUGGAAGGAUUUUCCGGUAGAUGAACUUGUGUUUUCGUUAUCUUCGUAUAUACCGGGUGUUUCUUAUUCCGGUAUGAAACCGGUAUGAAUUCUACUUAUUGUCUGAACGACCGCAUCUUAUCAUAUGUAUUUAACUGUGUAACAGUAUCAACAACCUACGAAUAUCAUCUAGGCAUCCUGUGC